UCCACUGUUUCUUCAACCGAUGUACAAAAAAGACUUCACAUAGUCAAAUAUCGCUCUCCUCUCCCCUUUUUUCCAUUAUCAAUAUGGCCAACGAUAGACACAUCAAAUCACCCACCAAAUGGUUCAAAAGUGGCCUGAGGCUAAGCUUCCAAAGCCGGCUCUCUCGAUCUCGGUUUCGUUCCCGCUCUCGCUCGGGUUCCUCGCCCUCGAGCUCCAGUCAAGACGAGCUGAGAGGAGUUUUCGCCCAUUUCGACACUGACGGGGAUGGAAAGAUCUCUGCCUCUGAGCUCCGGGCGUACUUCCGGUCAGUUGGGGAAGCCCUGUCCCUCAGUGAAGCACAGGGAGUGAUCAACGAUCAUGACACCGAUGGAGACGGGCUGAUAGACUUUGACGACUUCGUGAAGCUGAUGAAGAUGGAAGGCGGCCACGGCAGUGUAGGCGAUGAGCAGGAGGAGGAUCUGAGGAGGGCAUUCGAGAUGUUCGAGCACGAGAAAGGGUCGGGCUGCAUAACCCCAAAGGGGCUCCAGAUGAUGCUCCGACGGUUAGGAGACUCAAAGUCAUACGACGACUGUGUCGCGAUGAUUCAAGUCUAUGAUAUCGAUGGGAAUGGCGUGCUUGAUUUUCAUGAGUUUCAUCAAAUGAUGGCUUGAUGAUUCAGAUUCUUCUUAUUAUCAAACCCGUUUUGUUUGUCGAGCAAGUUUAGUGUUUGAAGCAUUAACAGUGCACUGGAAGAUGUAUGACUGCAUAUUAUCUAUAUACAUAUAUAUAUAUAUAUAUAUAUGUAUGUAUGUAUGUAUGUAUGUAUUUUUAGAUUGGAUGAGAUUCUAAUCCAGCUAUAUAUUGGAUGUCUCCGAUGAGACCAACAGAAUGAGAAUCAA